AUGAUAAAUGGUGCAUUCAUGCAAGAUUUGCCUGGAUACGGAUUCUCUUCCCGUUCGAGAUUCCCAUAUCAUUAUCCCACAAGCAUCGUAAGCGACGUUCAAGAUUGGUUUCAUCAAAAACUCUACAGGUGGUUCGAGAAAAGAGGACUCCUGAUGAAUCCGGAAAACAACCUAAUUAUGGCACAUUCUUUAGGUGCAUAUUUGAUGUGUCUUUACGCUGCGAAGUAUCCUGACCACUUUAAAAAGAUCAUAAUGUGUUCACCUGCUGGAGUAUGUCAUUCCAAUUUGAACAAAAAACUAGGAAAUACACGUAUUCCCUGGUGGUAUACUAAACUUUGGGAUAGAAACAUAUCACCGUUUAGCUUGGUGAGAAACGCGUCACAAUUAGGGUCCAAAAUCACUAGUGGCUGGACAUACAGCAGAUUUAGCAAAGUUUUAAGUGAGGGAACUCCUCUUAGUGUACAGCAGUUUGAAGCAUUGCACAGAUAUGCGUAUUCAAUUUUUAACCAACCUGGAUCUGGUGAGUAUUUGCUUAGUUUUGUAUUGAGAUGUGGUGGUUCUCCUAGAAUUUCGUUGGAAGAUCAAAUUUUCAAAGACUGCAAUAACGGAAUUUAUCAAAGCAAUUGUGAAUGGCUAUGGAUGUAUGGAGAAACUGAUUGGAUGGAUAUAACAGGAGGAUUUCGUGUAUCUGAUAUGCUGAACCGAUAUUCAAAUAAAGAACGGAGCCACGUUUGCAUAGUUCCAAACUCAGGGCAUCAUUUGUACUUUGAUAAUUACAACUACUUCAAUGAAGUGCUUAUCAACGAAAUGAAAAGUAUGUAG